GAAUAACAAGAUUUUAUGAACAUAAGAUAGAAAAAUAGUUAUGAAUAAGGGGAAAUUUGUUUUAUGAAAGUCAGUGAGGGAGAUCUUUUUACGAUGGGAUUACAUAACAUUCAGUUUCAUGCACUGAUGGCUAACAAGAUAUCGUUAAAAGAAAAAUAAGAGCAGAAGAUUGGGAACGAAAAGUUUCCUUUUAUAUGUUACCGUUUGAUUGCUACUAAGUAAUCAGAUUUCACUGAAGUUUGAUCAUGUAUUGUAAGGUCUCCAAUAGAAGUCAUCCUUCAUGGAAAUCCUCCAGAUUUUUCUUCUUGGUGUUGAAUGUUUAGGAAAAUAACAUUCAGUUACUAUGAAUAGUGUAUUUCCCCCAAAGAACAUUCUCACAUGAGAAACCUACAUUAUAAGUGAGCCUUACUUCAUAUUCGUUAAGUGUAUGACAUACCAGGAAGACAAUUAAUUCUUUGUGUUGGUUAGAUAUAUCUCAACAUGCUUCUUCGGAAGGGAAAUUGAAUUAUGAACGUAAAGUUUUGCCAUUAUUCUAUAUGGAAAAGAAUAUAUGACGUAAAGUUGAGCCGAGAAGAGUCAAGAUAAGCACAUUGUGCUAGAAAGUGAAAUUCCCGAGUCCAGUAGGAGUUUUCACGUGAAUAUAAAGCUGUUAAAAUAAUAUUUGCAAUUAAUAUAAGAAACAAAAAUUAUACUUUGAGUUUAAAUUUACUGGGGAAAAUCGUGUAUUUUUUAAAGCCUGAAUUGAGACUUGUGUACUACUUAUAGUGGAAGAGAAUAGAUAUCAGCUCGUUUCUUGUACCUAAAGUCAUAUUUAUGAAAUACUUCAGUUACUUACGAAAGAGGAAGACUUGCUUUUGUCUCAGAUUACUGUUAGAACAGUGUAAUCUCCUUUGCAGUUAUCAAGAGGAAAAACUGAUGGUGAAACAUAAUGUGGCAAACUGAAAUAAAAAAAAAUGGUUUGAAAUAAUGAAAUAUAUACAGCCCAUAUAAAGUAUUAAUUAGAAAUUAUAUUGGAACAUAUUGAAGCCAUGGUGUUAAACACUAAGAAGUCAGAUCGUCAAAUCAUAAGGUACAAAACUCACUCAUGCCUUGAACCCAGUCACAGUAAAAAAAUAGUGAGGUACCCAGGUCACCUUGCAUAUCACAGAAGAUGUGCAAUUAUUGCUACCAGGUUGAAAAGGAGAGGGGCGAGGAAGAAGAAGACGAAUUGGUUAUAUCACAGACUCCUUUUACCUCCUAAGGUAUCUAAGAAAAAGAGAUCAAGCAAGAGGAACCACGAAUUUCUGGAGCACCACCUAAAUACAGAAAAUAAGACUAAAUCCGACAAUUCCAGAAACGUUCAUUGUGUCAGGUCAGGGAAUUUGAAUAGGGUCAGCUCUAGAAGAAUGCUCAAAGACCAGAGAUAUUUCAGUGAACGACUGAGAUCUAAUGACUCAUGGCAGAAUUCUCUGAAUAAUAAGGAAGGUACUUGCCAUAGUAAUGAACUUGAGCCAAUGCCCUUAAAUGAGUGGAAAAUUGUACUGAAUAAAAAAGAUCAAGAGGAAAGCGCAGACUAUUUUGGUCAGCAAGAUCACAAUGACACAGAAAAGAAACUGACAUGGGAACCAUCAAAGGAAGGUUUAGAGACACAAGGUUGUGACGUUAGCAGUCAUAAUAGGGAAGAUGGCUAUGGAGGUAAGUGUAAAGAAGUUGAAUUAGAACUUCUAUCAAUAGAACAACGGCAAUAUAUGGAAUCUGAGUUUCCAAAUUCUAUAACUGACCAUUCUGUUUGGAACUUUCCAAUUUUGCCCACAAGCGUCAUUACGGCACCACUAAAACUUGGCAUGCUCUACCAUCAGAAAUACCCAUUUCAAAGGAAAAUGCAUAAUGAUGCCUUUUCCUCAUUUGAAGUUUUAGCACAGAAAAUAAACCUACAACCAAGACCUGGUAUCUGGAAGAAGGAUAAGACAAGUUCAUCCAAAUAUGAAUUGAAGGAGCCAAAGGUGAAUGUCAUUGAUUUGAGCCUCUGUCUUCCACAAGUGGAAAAUAACCCUCAUGAAACCAGUUAUUCAAUUUUUGCCCCAAAAAGACAUUCAGAUAUUGCUGAUAAAAACCAAGAUUUAUUUGGCCCGGCUGUAAGUUCUUUCCUGAAUGACAAGGUUGUUUCAUCCCACAGUAUAAAAGAAGACAAAUGUGAUGCUGGUUCUGAUCCAGCGCAGGAUAUGGAAGCAACUACGCACAAUCCAAUUGUUAGAAAACUGUUAGGUUCGAAUAAAUGGUCCUCAAGACCACUUUCGACAAAGUCAGCGCCAGUUGGGAACAAAUUUAUUGGCCGGCAUAACCAAAUUGUCAAGAACAUAGCUAAAUCAAAGCAAUGGAUGGGCAGACCUCAAACUUCAAACACUCUUGGCGCAAAUCGGUUGGAUCCCAGCUCAGCAACAGCAAGAUGCUGGUCCACUGAAGAAGAGGAAGAGGAUGAAUCUCUGUUUGCAGAUGAGAAACCUAAGCCCCAGAAGAAAAAGAAGAAGAGUGGCAGAAAAAAGAAAAGGCAGCUGGAGCAAGAACGUGAACUUAGUGCUAAAACAGGUCCCCUUGAGAGUGCUACAGACCUACUCGAUGAUGAUAUUUUUGCUGAACUGUUGAAACUGUACACGCCAAGAGACAGCCAGAGGAACUCAGCCACCAAUAGCAAAAGCAAUUUUCAGAGGAAGAAGAAGAGAAAGCGUAGUGGGUCCAAGAAGAAGGAGGAUAUGCGAAAGGCCCUCAGGGAAGACAUUCUGGUUUCUUUGAAGCGCAACACAGCUUACUGGUUUGAAGUAACGUCUCGCCUACAGACAGUCUCGGGAAAAUCAGGACCCAAAGCUGAGGAAGACAUAAUUGAAAAUACCCCAAAUGCAAAAGGUAAAAAGAAUCUCAGGGCAGCUGUGCAUAAGGCUUUUCCAAAGCUCAACAGAGGGAAGCAAGGUAGCAGCAUCGAUAAAGCUAGCAGACCAUUAUCACCAAAACUGCCACUUAUUGACCAAAAGAAACCCCCUUCAAAGUUUUACAGAGCAGCUGCUGCAGUUGUCAGUGCUGAGAGAAAUUACUACAAUUUCCUGCCUCCACUCAAUGCCUCUUGGUCAGAAGCACUUGAAGAUCUUUUUCCUGCGGUUGGCCAAGAUAGUGAAGACUCUGGAUUGGGUGGUGAGAAGAAGAAGGCUGGAAAGAAGAAGUCCAAGAGAGGAGGCAAGAAGGAAAGGUGAAGAGGGAGGCCUUGAUGAUCCUGGACAGACAGCGGUAUCGACAGUGAGCGACAGUCGAGCGGGGUCAUCAAAGAGGUCAUCAGGAAGUCCUCAUUCCUCAAAGCCAACUUCGGCCAGGUCGUCGAAAUCGUCGUCUGCUCAUCGUAGAAUGCACGACCCCCUGUCGUACGACCCUAAGCAAUUUUUGGGUGACAACAACCCCCCUGAAGAUGAAUCAGAAUUGGCCAAAUUGCAAGAGGCCUUGGGAGGUGGAGGCUCAACAACACUUACCGAAUCAGAGGUAUUUUUGGUUUCAUUUUACCAAGUCGCCUUCUCAUCGAGCUGCUGUCUUCACUCUGCCUGUACAAAUCAAAAGGCUUAGAGGUCUCUGCACCGUGGACUACUUGAAGAAAUACAUGCGCCUUAGGACGUCUCGGCGGCAGCUUUAUUCAAUGGUCUUCACAAAACACAGGGACUUGGAGAGCAUACGCAUUGAACGCUUACUGGCUAGCGACUUCGGGAAAGCCCUGGGCGACGCCCUUGGAGGGGAGCUGUCAGAGACGCAGCUGGAGAAGUUGACCUCAAUGGUGCCUCUACCUGAAGAGGCACUGGACAAAGACUUCUUUGUCCUUAUUGCUGCCUUUGCUGAGAGACUCUUCUGUUACGAUCUCUUAGCAGCUAGAGAUGUAGAGAUAGAGCCACGGGACCUGGUUGAGCAAUUGGAUUUCCAGCAACUUGACGAACGGUUAGAGGAGGUGACGCUGGAUCCUCUGUUGCAUCGGAUGCUGACUACUAUCAGGGAUCUAGGUUAAAGAAUCUUAACGACACUCCCAGACCUAGAUUAAGGAACUU